AUGAAUGACAAGUGUGGAGCAGAAAGAAGUGAGGGGCAGUCAAGGGAUCAAAUCGCUGUUUAUGUUUGCUACCCCCAGCCAAAGAGUAACAUCUAUGUUUCUUUUCUCUCAGCUGUUCUCUUUAUACAACCAGUUUAUGCCAUCUGGGCAUGUGUUCGCUCCUGUCCACCAAGCUGUGUUUGCACCCAGGAGAGGAGUUGCUCUGUUUUGUGUGACCGAAUAGGACUUCCAGAUAUCCCGAAAGGUUUUCCCUGUGAAGCCUCUUUUAUUAACUUAGAUAAAAAUAACAUUAAAUUCCUCUCUGAAAGGGCGUUUGGAACUUUGCCUUCUUUAAAAUCACUUUCACUAAGUCACAACAACAUAUCAUUUAUCACCCCAGGAGCUUUCAAAGGUCUGCCCAAUCUGAUAGAGCUUAGAAUGGCUCAUAAUGAUUACCUUCGCUAUUUGCACACACGAACAUAUUCAGCCCUGAAGAAACUUAUAAAACUGGAUUUAGCAGAUUGCAACCUUUUCAACAUCCCAGACAGGAUAUUUCUGGAUCUACCAGCUUUACGUGAACUUAUCUUCUUUCAAAACAACUUUAGGAGAAUCCCUGGAGCCAUCCGUGGAAUGGAGAAUUUGACUCAUGUUUAUCUUGAAGACAAUCGGAUAGAAGCUGUAGCCUAUAAUUCUCUCCAGGAUCUAAGAAAUCUAAAAUAUCUUAACCUACAAGGCAAUAGAAUAUAUGUUAUCCAUGACAAAUCAUUCCAAGAUUGUGAGAAAAUGGAAUACCUCUAUCUUAAUGAUAACCUAAUUGAUGAACUACCAGCAAACUCUUUUAAGGGGCUGAGAAAGUUAAAAAUGUUGAAUAUGGGUGGAAAUGUUAUAAGAAACCUCUCAAAUGUUUGGUUUCAAGAUCUAGUUGAGCUAGAGAUCCUCUAUCUUGAUCGAAAUAAAAUAAGUUUUAUUGAGGAAGGGGCUUUUGACAAUCUCACGGGAUUGGUAUCUUUGCACCUAAAUAGUAAUAACUUAACUACAUUGCCUUUUGAGGUCUUUAAACCAGUUUAUUUUUUGGGUAGACUUUUUCUCUUUAGGAAUCCUUGGGAAUGUGACUGCAGGAUAGAAUGGUUAAAAGACUGGAUGGAUAGUUACAAACUUGUCCGUGAUGUUCCUUGCUCAUCACCACCAUCAGUUGCAGGAUUGGAUCUCAGCGAUAUAUACUUUAAAAGGUCAGUGGAUGGUGUCUGCCAAGAUCCUACAGAACAAAACAUGACUUAUUUUGUUCCAGUCCCCACAGAAGGACGUCAAUCUACUAUGGAAACAAAACUCAGCAGCCUUAUUUCUAAACUUCUUCUGCCAAGAGGAAAGUAUGAAGAUAUAGGGAAUACAACAGGUAGAUUUGACAAUAUUACAUUAGCUGAUUCUUCCUUUAGUUUAGCAGUAUGUUCAGCUGAGUACUGGCUAGUCUUUAUCAUUCUUCUGAUAUUUGCUAUGUUCUAG